AUGCACAAAUCAAAAACCAGCUCCGCAUUUCGGCCUGGGGCGGUUAUAGCACAUGGCGGACAGGUUGCAAAGCACCGUGGCCCAAGGAGAAAUACUCCGCUCGCUCCACAUUCAGCGGGUUCGGAGCCGAUGACUCCUCGUGACCGUGUCCUCCUUAGUGAGUGCUGCCUUAUCUCGCCGAAUUUCUCUCUUCUGUUCCGCAUCAUCGCGAACAAAAAGUCGAGACCCGUUCGCUUGGAUCGCGGCCUAGUUGCGACAACGCGCGCCAGCGUCGCUCUUAGCGGCUACACGACUCCAACUAAGCCCCGAGAGAGAGCACUUUCUAAAAGCAUC